AAAAAUCACCACCGUGCCAUUUCGCUUUCCUCCUUAUUCCUCCGCCUAAAGCCUCCCUCUUCCGCCACCUCUUGCUUCGCCCAUCCGCGUUACCUUUCUUCCGCCACCAUCACCAAUAAUCAACCAGCACCUGCUACUCCGACCAGCCAGCCGAAGAGGCUGGGCCAACCAAAGGGCUCCACUAAAUCCAAAGCCGACGCCGAGCGUGAGUUCGCCGCUGAUACUCCCGGUAUUCCCAGGAUGAGAGGCUCAACCAGAAUCCGACCCAGAAUCUCACAAACAUCAUCUAGUCAUUCCUCCGAUUAA